GUUCAUACACAUAAAGAUUCCUUCCUCCACCGAAGCUUUAGAGAUUAGUUCUACAAUUUUAUUUUUUUAAUUUCAGAAAAAGGUUCUCCAAUUUUUUGGUCAGAAAAAAGAGGAGAGAGAGAGAGAGAGAAGUGUGAGAUUCUUCCACCAAACCAGUAGUGUUGUUUGAUAACGAUGGCAGCCCGUGUUGUCUCUCCGAGUAAGAAGCUCCUCAAAAGCCUCUGCAAUGGCAAGUUCUUCUCUACUAGGCCUCUCAACACUUCGUCCCCUUCUUCUUCGAUAUCCAUCAACCUCACCACAGAAAAACAACCACCCAUUGAUCUCCACCGACCCACAAACACGGCAUCCCUCAAUCUCCACGACGUUGAGAAGCUAUUCUCAUCCGUAACAACCACCAAGCUCCUACGAGCCUCAGCCAACCUCCAAAUGGCAGCCAUGGGGCCCAUGGUGGAUUUUGGGAUGUGGGUCAUGAAUUCUAAACUCAUGGACAUUGAGGUUUUCAAAGAAAUCGUGUUGGGUUUUGUGAAGCACACGUUUUACGAGCAUUUUUGUGCUGGAGAGGAUGCUUUGGCCACCGGAGACACGGUGCGGCGGUUACAUAAUGGUGGUGCUGGGCUUAGAGCCAUGCUUGAUUACGCUGUGGAAUAUGCCGGUGACAAUCAAUCCUGUGAUCGGAACUUGGAGGCCUUCCUUCGAACCGUUGAGAUAGCCAAGUCUCUUCCACCAUCUUCUGUGAGUUUUGUCAUUGUAAAGAUAUCAGCUAUUUGUCCCUUGAAACUUCUUGAAAGGGUUAGUGACUUGUUGAGAUGGCAACACAAAAAUCCCUCUUUCAAUCUGGCAUGGAAGAUGGAUACCCUCCCGAUUUUGUCUGAUAUAAGCCCUACAUAUCACACCCUGAAAGAGCCAGAACCUUUAACAUUAGAAGAAGAACAUGACCUACAACUAGGGCACCAAAGACUACUAAAAAUAUGCCAAAAUUGUCUAGUAUCCAAUGUCCCUUUAACGAUUGAUGCAGAGCAUACAUCAGUUCAACCCGCCAUUGAUUACUUGACAUACUCUUCUGCAAUUAUGUACAACAAAGAUGAUAACAUACUGGUGUAUGGGACAAUUCAAGCUUACCUGAAAGAUGCAAAAGAAAGAUUGUUGCGAGCAUACCAGGCUGCAGAUGAAAUGGGAGUCCCAGUGGGGAUUAAAUUGGUGAGAGGAGCUUAUAUGUCAAGUGAAAGAAAAUUAGCAUCUUCCUUAGGCUUUGAAUCUCCUAUUCACAAUAGCAUACAAGAAACGCACACAUGCUACAACGAUUGUGCCUCUUUCAUGCUUAAUAAGAUUGCCAAUGGUCCUGGUGCACUUGUUCUUGCAACUCAUAAUACUGAAUCAGGGAGAAUAGCAGUGGGACAAGCGCAUGAUUUAGGAAUUGGAAAGGUUAACCAAAAGCUAGAAUUCGCACAAUUAUAUGGAAUGUCAGAUGCACUUUCUUUUGGUUUGAGAAAUGCAGGAUUCCAAGUUAGUAAAUAUAUGCCAUUUGGCCCUGUGGAGAUAGUAAUGUCAUACCUUUUAAGGAGGGCUGAAGAGAAUAGAGGGCUUUUAUCUACUUCAACCCUUGACAGGCAACUCAUGAGGAAUGAAUUGAAAAGGAGACUAAAAGCGGCUAUUUUUUAAGGCGUACAAGAGAGAGAACUGAGUGAGAGGGAGAUCGAGGAAGAAGAGAGAGGGAUAGAGCAUACCCCUCCGGCCAGCCAAGCUCUGGCUAGAGAGAUCGCACCCAGAGAGAGAUCGAACCCAGGGCCCACUUCGCCGGCGAACUUAGAGAGAGAUCGAACCCAGAGCCCAUAUCGCAACCCAGAGCCCACUUCGCUGUUCAACUUCGUCGGCGAACCCAGAGAAGGAUCGAACCCAGAGCCCAGAUCGCAACCCAGAGCCCACUUCGCCAUUCGACUUCGCCGGCGAACCCAGAGCCCUUCGACUUCGUACCCUUCGACUUCGCCAUUUGACUUCGACUUCAAAUCGCACCCAGAUCGAAACCUUCGACUUCGCUGGCGAACCCAGAGCCCUUUGACUUCGCCGUUUGACUUCGACUUCGAAUCGCAAUUGAGAAAUGGUUGGGUUUUGAUGAAUUUGACCGGAUUUGAUGAAUUUUUUUUGGUUGGGUUUUGUUUCGAUGUUUAUCAAUUGAGAAAUGGGAUUAUAUAUUUGUUUGGCAA